GUGUUUGAAGGUAUUGUUCUGCGAAAUUACGGGGCAGUGCUCACACUUGCCCGUGGCGUGGCCGUGACAGACCAAACGGUGCUCGCGCCGACACCGUAUCGUGAUGCCUUAUUUCUUGGGGCCGAUAUUUUCUCACUUCACUGCCGGGACAUGAUGUGUUGUUGCGUUGUCAUGCAGUAGCGUAUCACCGUAAACAUGAAUGGCGAAAAACUAAUUGAAUUAGUGCCGAACUAUCCUGUGUCGUAUGAUCUCUCCAAUCCCAAAUACAUGGACACAGAGCUGAAGAAUAUAGUCUGGAAUAAAACAGCAGCAGAAAUAAAAAAAAACUGGGAAAAGUCCGUGUCGUCGCUGCCGGGCCUAUGGAAGUACCCGUCGCACCGCGAUAGGCCUCUCCACACGGGAUGGACGUGGCUUCAGGGCCGGCGGGAGGAUGAUGGUGCGGAGGGCCUGUGGCGCGUCCACGACCGCCUCUACGACCUGUCCGGCUGGGAAAAAUCCCACCCUGGUGGCGCGGACUGGAUCACACUCACCAAGGGAACGGACAUCACCGAGGCUUUCGAAGUACACCACAUCCGCAACGUCGCGGACGCCAUGUUGAAGCAGUUCUGCGUGAGGGAGGCGAGGACACGACGAAACUCACCCUACACUUUUAAGGAGAACGGGUUUUACCGCACGCUCAAGGCUCGAGCACGUGAAGCAUUAGCCAAUGAAAAAUUCGUCGGAUCAACAGGUACCAUGUACUCUAAGAUAUUGGCCGACUCGCUGGUGAUGUCAAUGCUUGCGCUGAGCGUCGUUGCCGCCUGGACCCAAAGUUUCGUGGUUGCCAUGUUGGCGGGCCUGCUGCUCACCUUCACCACCAACUGCGCCCACAACUUCACGCAUCUCAAGGACAACCUGCGGAUGUACUACUUCGACUUCUCGAUGAUGUCAUCCAGAGACUGGCGUAUCACUCACGUACUGAGCCAUCAUUUGUACACCAACACUCUUCUCGAUCUCGAGAUAUCCAUGCUUGAACCUUGGUUCAAAUUCUUACCAUUUGAAGAGAAGAACUUUUUUACUCGUUAUGUCAGUUGGAUUUAUUCUCCUAUCGUGGGGGCUUUAACCUUCCAUUUUUCCUGUAUGUCCAGGGUGGUUGACAGAUUUAGAGGCAGCAAACCUGAAAUGAGGAAAGCAGACCUUAUCCCACUGAUAAUACCUGCGUCAAUGGUCUUCAUUGCUGGGGCAUCAUUGCUGGAAGCUCUUUACAUGUGGACGUAUAUUACAGUUUGUGGCAGUCUGUUUUUCAUUUUUAUCGGACUUACUGCAGCUCAUCACCAUCCAGUGAUCUUCCACGAUGGAGAUACUCCACGGGCUGAUCUGGAUUGGGGUAUUCAGCAGCUGGAUGCUGUAAGAGACCGGCCUGUGAUAUCCAGCUCGGAUAUUCUAGGGCUUACGUUCUUCGGGCAUCACGGCUUACAUCACCUGUUCCCUACAGUUGACCACACGAUCCUGAACAAGCUGUACCCUGCGUUCCAGAAGACGUGCGCCGAGUUUGGCAUCGAGUACAAUGAUGUCAGCUUCGGUGAACUGGUCCGAGGCGCAUAUCUACAGGUCGCGAGAACAAAGCCCAACACCGUUCCUCCUGGUUCAGGAAAACACUAAUACCACUUAGCGCCUCUGCUCGUGAUGGAAAUAACAUGUUUCACGUACUGCGAUCCGAGUAACUCUUUGUUCUUAUGAAGAAGAUGUCCUUAGUGGUAUUGAAACCUGAACGAAUCUAAAAAUAAAUAAAAAUCGGCACCUGACUGGUUGUGUACUUCGUUAAUUGGAAGAGACAUUAUUAACAACGAACAGCAAAACUUCUCAAAUCCUAAGGGGACUUUACAAUUUUGCAUCCAUUUAAACAAACAGCUUAUCUACAUAAGCAAACAACUUACACGAGUAGCAAAUAAGAUACGAUUUUAAUUUUCUUUGGCCUUUUAAAGGAUUCCCGAUUUUUUCUUAACCUUUGCACGUAACUUCUUAAGUGACUUUACAGCAGAAUCAGGACCCCUUCGUCAACAAUAGACAAGGAAACAGACUCAACACGAAACAACUAUCGCAAAUUAAAGUUAUUAUAUAGCAUAUCACUUACGUGUUUUUCUCAUAGGCAGACUGUUUCCUCCAAGAAACGAUAACUGAAUGGUCUGGUAAUGAAUAGGUGUCACUGCCUGAGAAGGUUGCCUUAUCUCAGCUAAUCAGAGAAAGCCGCAGGAGUAUUUGUUUCGCUACCGAAUAUUUUGCUGGAUGAAGCUCCACGUUCCCUGUUAUUCGCAGUCAGCAUGCAUUGGAUGCAUGAAGGUAAAAUUUGCUAUAACUGUUUUGUACGUAAAGAGCCAGAGAAAAUAAUCGCCUGGUAUUACAUGAUGAAAAGGAGUGCUGUCCUCAACUCAAGGAUUGGACUGAAGACCCCAUUGCUUCACUACGCCUGGUGGUAAGGAAAGUCCGUGUCUCUUAUCUUCCUUUAACCUGAGCGGCUGGAGCAUGAGCAUCUGCACAGUUGUAAGGUAAAUUCACGCCUUAAUGUGCCAUGUGAACAGUGGUCACUUUUUUUUGAAUAUCUACAAAAAAAAGGUCCCAUAGGUGAGUGACACGCUACAUGAUACUGAAAUACAGGUAGAAGUUGCUAUGACAGGCCAUCCCACAUUUAUAUAGGACGUGUAAAUAUAAAGAGGUGAGGUUUCGCUAAGCUAUAGGGGAAAGUUUAGCGGAUUUUCGGACGUAUACACGUAAUUUUUAAUGUCUAUUAGUGUCGGAUUAUGAAACAGACUUUUUUUUAAAAAAAAUUAAUCUGCAUAACGAGGUACGAGACGGUCAGAUACUACACAGUGCCACGCAUUUCACCGAAAAUUACACGCGGUGCGGCACAUCAUUAAUCGAAAACAGCUCUCGUUUCUAUUCUCGACCUUCCAUUUCUUUUCAGGUCAGAGGUAAUGACUGAGCUGUCUGACAACAGAAAAUUUGCGAGUAGUGUUUGCUUAUUGAUUUUGAAGGACUGAAAAAUUGUUUGAAUGCAAGGGAAGUAUCGUAAAACUAUUGACGGUAGCUGAAAAAUUGAGUGUUUUUGUUGCUGUGCUAUGAAAAAGGUAACCAGCAACGGUUAUGUAUUUCACGCCUCACACAAAGUAUUGAAAGGAAAUCUUCAUUGUAAUUAAAUGUAGAAAAAAUUGUGGAACUAAUGACCAGUUUUCAUUAAUAUGUAUUGAAUUUUUGUAUAUUUGGAGAGUCAGUUCACUGUCAGAAUCAGAGGGAAUCCAUGAUACAUUGUAAUUUUCAUUGUUUGUUCUUGA